AAAGGGCUCUCUCUCUCUCAAUCUUUCUUCCGUCCAGCCAUGCAGUCCGCCGCCCUGUUCCGCGCCGCCACUCGCGGCUCCUCCAUGGUCCGCGCCGCCGCUCGUCCCGCGCCCUUCGCCGUCCGCUCGGCCGUCGUCGCUGCUCGCCCGUUCAGCAUCUCUGCCUCCCGAAAGGCCGAGCACGCUGAGGAGACCUUUGAGGAGUUCACUGCUAGAUUCGAGAAGGAGUUUGAUUCUGUGCAGGACGUCUUCGAGCUCCAGCGCAACCUCAACAACGCCUUCGCCUACGAUCUCGUCCCUUCACCCUCCGUCGUCGCCGCUGCCCUCAAGGCUGCCCGAAGAGUCAACGACUUUGCUACCGCCGUCCGCAUCUUCGAAGGCAUCAAGGCCAAGGUCGAGAACAAGAACCAGUACCAGCAGUACCUGGACGAGCUCAAGCCCCUGCGAGAGGAGCUUGGCGUCGAGCUGAAGGAGGACCUCUACCCCGAGGAGAAGUAAAUUUCUUGCUGCUGUCCAACCGAGGAUCUAAGAGAAAGAAAAGAAAAUCUUGUUCAGAGUAUUGUACAUGGUAUUAUUUAUAUUUGGAGUGAAGAGGAACAGCGAAGGUGCUAGACGGUUGAUGGGAAGGGAGGCUAGUAGCGGCAUCCCAAACCAAUGUGUUAUUAUAGUUGAUGAAGCACGUAGUGUAUACUGCCCCCUCCUGUUGGUUACAACGUCUAGUUGUCUCAACAAAUCUUAAAAACAAAAAGAAGAAGAAAAAGGGAUCAUAGAUUCCCUUUACUGUGCUUUGUCUUUGGCUUGUACUGUAAGAAGUACACCUAAUACUUUGUCAAUUUAUUUGUUAAAAGCGCGUGCUACUCAGAUCUGCAAAUCGGCUCUUAUAUAAUGCCCUGAGCAAACCUUUCUUCAUAUACCACUUUUAUGUAAUGUAUCCAUCUCGAACCUUGCAGUAAGGCAAACCACCUUUGACCAAUACCCUAUUGAAGCAUAGAUAAAAGACAGAGAAAAAGACGAAUCCCUCAAAGAAGACGCAAUAAAAAAAAAAAAAAUGAAAGCAAAAAAGAGAGCGUGGAAAUACAACACUCCCUUCCCUAGCCCCAGGCACCAAACAACUCAGUAUAAAAAGAAAGAAGAAAGAGAAAAGGAAAGAAGUUAUAAGUUGCAAGUCCACUCCAGUCCCUAAUCGCAGUCAAACGUUAUAAGCACACCCCGCCCGCCCCUUCAUUAUCCUCUUAAAUGAUCCCAUCGGCCAUUUCCUGGCUGUUGGCCAUAAAACUGCAUGCCUUCGACGCCAGCUCCCGAGGCCGGGCUAGCCCCUCUGCUAGCUGGACCUCCGUAUGCUCGGGAAAUUGUCCGUGGGCUCAUCAUACCCAUGCGUGGACUUCGAGGUACGCUAGACUGUCGAGUCUCCCGCCGUCCAUUCUUGAGCUGUCGUAGCUCCUCACGAGCGCGAUCCAAUUCUACCUCGCGUUCUUUGACUUGAAACUUGAGCUCUGUAAUCUGUU